CGCUGGGCGGGCCCGUCUCGGCCCUCAGAAGGGCCAAUAACAGGAGGCUGAUAGCUCGUUACAUAACCCCUCUGCAGGUCCUCCCCGGCGCUCAGUGCGGUCCACCUCCACUCAGCGCUUUACCUCCUCACCAUGGCAGCUCCGAAGAAAGUCUGCAUCAUCGGCUCCGGAAAUUGGGGUUCUGCCAUCGCCAAGAUAGUGGGUGCCAACGCUGCUCAGAAUUCAAAAUUCGACACCACCGUAAACAUGUGGGUGUUUGAGGAGAUGGUGAACGGGCGCAAGCUGACUGAAAUAAUAAACACGGACCAUGAAAAUGUGAAGUACCUUCCCGGGCACAAGCUUCCGGCAAAUGUGCUGGCCAUCCCGGACCUGGUGGAGGCGUCCAGCUCUGCAGACAUUUUGGUGUUCGUGAUCCCGCACCAGUUUGUCGGGAAAGUGUGUGACACCAUCAAGGGCAAGAUAAAGUCCGACGCCGUGGGGAUAUCCCUCAUCAAGGGUGUCGACGAGGGGCCUGAUGGACUUAAACUCAUCUCAGAUGUGAUCCAGGAGAAGCUUGGGAUCACCAUGAGUGUGCUGAUGGGAGCUAACAUUGCCAAUGAGGUCGCCGAUGAGAAGUUUUGUGAGACCACCAUUGGAUGUAAGAAUAAAGACCACGGGGCUCUCCUGAAGGAACUCAUGCAGACAAACAACUUCAGAGUCACUGUCGUAGAAGAGUACGAUGUGGUGGAAAUCUGUGGAGCACUAAAGAACAUUGUUGCGGUCGGUGCAGGCUUCUGCGACGGUCUGGGCUUCGGGGACAACACGAAGGCAGCCGUGAUCAGACUGGGCCUGAUGGAGAUGAUCGCCUUCGCCCGGAUUUUCUGCACUGCCGGCCCUGUGUCCUCGGCAACGUUCCUGGAGAGCUGCGGCGUGGCGGACCUCAUCACAACCUGCUAUGGCGGCCGCAACCGCAGAGUAGCAGAGGCUUUUGUGAAGACAGGGAAGUCCAUCGAGGAGCUGGAGAAAGAGAUGCUGAACGGUCAGAAGCUGCAGGGACCAGCAACAGCCGCCGAGGUCUAUCUCAUCCUCAAUCACAAAAACCUAAUUGACAAGUUCCCACUGUUCAAUGCAGUGUAUCAGAUCUGCUAUCAGGGCCAUCCAGUCACAGAGUUCAUAAGCUGUUUGCAGAACCACCCCGAGCACAUGUAAACUCAGCAAACUGACCAAGUGCCUUCUAAAUGAAGAACAUUGUCGUUUCCUCACCUGUUACCCUGUCAGAAAUAGACUGGGGAUGACAGGUCACUCCGCAGCUGUCAUGCAACCAGGUGGCUCCAGCCCAAGUGAGUGGAGAAGUUGCAUAACAUUUGCAUCUUCAGCUCCAGUUCAACAACUUUAUCCACAACAUUCAACUUCUUUCUUUUUAAGUGCUAAAUGUUGGCUGCGUUUUGUUCCUCGUGUGAUGGUCAGAUAGCUCUUUAUGCCUGAGUUCUUUCUGUUUAUUCGAGCCACAUGAAAUCAGAAUGCAUGGUGUCAUUUUGUAGACAAACUGAAAACUCUAACACUGACGUCGAGACUUUACUGGAUAUCAAAAAUAUGAUAAUUUGAUAUGAAUUUUAGAGAACUUUUGAUGACAUUGACUCUGGUUUGUACAAUGUUUAUAUGGCACUACAUCAUGCAUUCAGAUUUUGGCUGGGGCCAACCACUCAGGGCAAAGACCUAUUGACAUCAUUCUGUAGAGGGAAAAAAUCUAACAUUUAUGUUGCCGUCCAGUGAAGGCCUGUCCACCACGAGUUGUUUAAUUAUAGAUGUAAUACCUCACUAAGUUAUGUCUUUGUAUGCUCUAAAGUGUCUUACAUAAUUCACUAUACUACUUCCUGUCUUGUACUGUAUAUUAACAUACUGUCGAACGCACAGCAACUGUUUUUAACAUAAAAAUGCAAGUGCCUUAGAAUGCACGGUUGCUAAGUCUUGAACAUUGUCCUUUUUGUCAAACCAAAGACUUAACGACGUCCGUCCGUCCUCUCUGCCAUUUGUCAUUGUGACCCUGCCUGAUCCUGUUUUCACUCAGUUAGGUUAAUGUGUUUUUGGAAAUUAUGUCAUGUGUCUGUGAAUAAAUUAAUUCAGUCAUCAAAUCA